AUGAGUGACCGGGGUCCUGAUCACUGGCUAGAACUGAUCAAAAAAUGUGUGGCACUUUCAGAGGCCGAUAUGAAACAGCUAUGUGAGCUUGUCAAAGAACUCUUGAUGGAAGAGUCGAAUAUUCAACCUGUACAAUCUCCAGUAACCGUUUGCGGUGACAUCCAUGGACAGUUUCAUGAUCUUCUUGAACUCUUUCGAAUUUCUGGAGGAAUGCCUGAAGACGACAACAACACCAGCUACAUUUUCUUGGGCGAUUACGUGGAUAGAGGAUAUUUUUCGCUCGAAACUUUCACGUUACUCAUGGUGCUCAAGGUGAAGUAUCCCCAUCGGAUCACAUUAGUACGUGGUAAUCAUGAAUCACGACAAAUCACUCAGGUGUACGGUUUUUACGAGGAAUGCUUGACGAAAUACGGGUCUACCACCGUGUGGAAGUACUGCUGCCAGGUGUUUGAUUUCUUAACGUUGGCAGCUAUCAUUGAUGGUAAAAUAUUAUGUGUCCAUGGAGGCUUGUCGCCAGAAAUUCGCAUGUUGGACCAGAUCAGAGUCUUGAGUAGAGCUCAGGAAGUUCCCCACGAAGGAGGUUUCUGUGACUUGGUUUGGUCUGACCCUGACAACGUCGAUACAUGGGCGGUUUCUCCCAGAGGUGCCGGGUGGCUCUUUGGAUCCAAGGUGAGUCGGGAAUUUAACCAUAUUAACAACUUGGACUUGAUAGCUCGAGCCCACCAGUUGGUUAUGGAAGGUUUCCGUUACCACUUUAAAGAAAAAGACGUUGUCACAGUGUGGUCUGCGCCUAACUACUGUUAUAGGUGUGGAAAUGUAGCCAGUGUUAUGAAGGUGGACGACAAGUUGGAGUCGGAUUUCAAAAUUUUUAGUGCCGUUCCCGAUGGAGAUCUCGCGGUGAAAAAUAACACCAGCAAACAACAGAGAAGUGAAUACUUCUUGUGA